UUUACUUUUAUCAAUUCCCAAUCAUAUGAGCUCCACUAGCACGAAAGCUAUCUUUUCGCCCAUCAAAAUUGGCAACCACAAACUUCAACAUCGUGUUGUCCUUGCUCCCUUGACUCGUUUCAGAGCUACCAUUGAAGCAGUGCCUACCGAUCUCCAAGUCGAAUACUACAAACAAAGAGCAAGUGAAGGAGGUCUCUUAAUCACCGAAGCCACUUUCAUUCAUCGUCUUGCUGGUUCCUAUCGUCAUGCUCCUGGUAUCUACACUCAGGAACAAAUCAAAGGCUGGAAAAAGGUAACGGAUGCCGUACAUGAAAAGAAGGCCUUCAUUUACUUGCAAUUAUGGCAUAUUGGUCGCGCCGGUUUCAAGGAACUCAACCCCAAUGGAGAACAAAUUGUCUCAGCCAGCGCCAUUGCUAUCACCGGAACCGACAAGGAUGGUAACGCUUAUGAAGUCCCUCGUGCACUUGAAAUCGAUGAAAUUAAGACAAUCACACAACAGUAUCAUCAAGCCGCAUUAAACGCAAUGGAAGCUGGUUUUGACGGUGUUGAGGUCCAUAGUGCCAAUGGUUAUUUACUUGACCAAUUUAUUAACAGUAACAGUAACAAGCGUACGGACAUCUAUGGCGGUUCUGUUGAAAACCGAACUCGAUUCGUGCGUGAAGUGUUGGAUACAGUGGUAGAUGCCGUCGGACCUGAACGUGCCGCUAUUCGUUUCUCACCCGGCGAAGCUUACCAAGAUAUGGACGAUGAAGAUGUAGUUGGUACUUGGAGUUAUUUAACCUCAGCCAUUCAAGCGAAGCAUCCCAACUUGUCCUACCUUCACUUUAUUCAAGCACGUGCUAGUGUUCAUGUCGAAAGAGCACCCGGACAGGCAAUCGCACCACCCGAUACCCUUCAACCUUACCGAGAUAUCUGGAAGGGACCCUUUAUUAUUGCCAGUGGAUUCUCAAAUGCUAUUGAUUAUGCUAUUGAACUUGCUGAAAGAACAGGUAAUCUCAUUGCAUUUGGUCGUGUCUUCCUUGCCAAUCCAGAUCUUCCUGAUCGUCUUCGUUAUGGUUACGAAGUGAACAAGUAUAACAGAGCUACUUUCUAUCGACAAGACGCUAUUGGAUAUACAGAUUAUCCCUUUUACGAAGAUGAUCACAAGAUUGUUUAAUUUAUUGUCUUGUACAUAUAAUCAUUUUUCUUAUUCUUGUGAUGCUACCCAUACACAUAUGAUUUAGACUGCACACACCAGAUACAUUUUUUUCUCUCUCUUUUUUUUUCCUAAAUAAACCUGAAUUUAUUUUUAAACAUAAUUUUUU